CCCUUGGGCCUUGACCCUACCCGUCGUCGUCUCCUGUCAAUUCCCCACCACCGAUAUUACGCAACGGAAAAGAGAAUUCUUUCGCCGAUUCCCUUCCUCCACGGUGGCUGUAGGGUUUACGGAAUUCGAUCAAUUUUUUUUCCAGCUGAACAUCAAUGGCGACUUCUUCGGCGAAGGAAAAUCAAAUCCCGACGCUGAAGACGAUCGAAGCCGCUCUGAAUCUGACCGACGCGAAGAAGGAGAGCCUGAAGAAGGCUUACGACGAACUCCAAAGCCAUUCUUCUCUCCUCUCGUCCUCCUCCUCCUCCGCCGCCGCGUUCUCACUCUCGUGGUCCGACCUCGACUCCCACUUUUCCACCCGCCAGACUGACCUCACUCGCCGCUUCCACCUUCUACAAUCCCGCGGCCCGGAUGCUGGGCGGCAGAACUGUGGUCCGAUUGAGGCCGAGGCGGGGGCGGCGUCGCUUCCUGUUCAGGACCCGUCUUCCUCUUUUUCCAACCGACCUAAUCUCGACGACGGUGCCCUUGUGCCCAAUGAUGUGAAGGAGGACAUGGCUGGGGUCGACUCUGAGCCGGGCUCUGCAAUGCAGGUCUCUCCGGAAGUGGGAGUGGGUGGACCCAGUCCGGCACGGCCUGAGUUGAUACCCUUCUGCGAGAAGCUGGAUGGGAAAGGGUUGAGGGACUACAUAAGCGACCAUGCGAAGGAGCGGAUUGCGAUUCGUGCUGAGCUUGCCAGUGCAAUGAAUGUGGGCAGUGACCCAGGUUCUAUGGUUUUGAAUGCAAUGGAAGGCUUCUAUCCAGCAGCUUUGGCUUCCAAAGGGGACAAAGACCCGGAAUUGUAUCGUCUACGGAAGAGUUGUUUGGAUUUGCUUGAAGUGUUGGUUUAUGUGAAGCCAAAUAUUAGCGAUGAGGUGAGGGAGAGAGCUAAACAGUUAGCAUUGGAGUGGAAAGGGAAAGUGAAUUUGAGUGGGGAGAGCCCUUCUGAGGCGUUGGCGUUCUUGAGUUUGUUGGCAGCUUAUGGGUUGCGGGAUCAGUUUGAUGUGUGUGAGCUUGUGGUUUACGUUGUUGUCAUUGCAAAGUUUAAGCAAGCAAUAACUCUGUGCCGAGAUAUUGGUCUGGGAGAGAAGACUGCAGUUAUUGUGCAGAAACUUAUAGAUGGUGGCAAACAGCCUCUGGCUGUCAAAUUUAUUUUUGAAUUUGGAUUGACUGACAAGUUUGAAGCAGUACCGCUGUUGAAAGCAUAUCUAACAGAGUGCAGAAAGUCCACUGACCAAGCUUGCAAUGAUGGAAAGAUUCCUGCCAAGACAAAGAAUGAGGCCAAAUCUAAGGAAGUUAGUGCACUGAAUUCUGUACUUCAAGUCAUUGAUGAGCACAAGCUUCAAUCUGAGUAUCCACGAACGGAAAUUGAAAAGCGUAUUGAGACGUUGCAAAAGCAGAAGACUUAUGGCAAACAGACUACACCAUCUUCUGCCACCAAGCCUCAACAGCAGCAGCAGCAGCAACAGCAACAACAGCCAAAGAAGAAGAAGCAAAUGCAAGCGAAGAAGCAGUUCCAAGCCAAGAAGCAGCAACACUAUCAGCAGCAUAACGGAAAUAAGCGCCCGAGAACAAAUGGACCGAUGCUUCCAAUGGGUGCUCCUGGAUCUACCGUUCCUCCUUCAUAUCACCAACCUCAUUUGCAGCCAACAGGUUUGUAUCGAGCUGCUGGGGCCUAUGGGAUGGUGAAUGCCUCUCCUCCCAUUACCCAUUAUGCAGGUUCAUAUGCUGGACAGUAUGGGGCUGGAGUGGGCUUCCCUGGGAACCCAAACCCUGCUGCUCCGUCAGCAGCACAGCAAUACCCUUCUGAGUCUCAAAUUGCACCAGGGUAUUAUGGUGGGGGGCAAGCUGCUGCUGGUUAUUAUGAUGGAUAUGGUGGUUAUCCACCUCAGCAUCAUCAAACCUACUACCCUCAAUAGUUUUUUAGCUACUGACCAUCACAGUAUAUACAACUUUUGGUGGUAGUAUUUGUUUUAUCUGACAUACCAUGCUGAUCACCAGAAAAAGCAAAUGCUUUCCUGGUUGCCAUGCAUGCACUAUGAUUAUCUCUUGGGUCAGCAGAUAUUGGCAUCGUUCAAUAUCUCUCUCUUUGCUUAUUGAACUAAGAUCCAAACACUUUUAGGUUUAUUAUUUAAGCAAGAUGUAGAUCUCUUAGUUAACUACUUAAAGAGGUUCAAUUCACUGUCAGUAGCUGAAUUGAGAGUGGUCCAAUUUGGUUUUCUUGCUAGUUUAAGUUGCUUAUGAUAUCUAGCAGAUGACCUUUUACUAGCUUAAUGGAAAUGUGGGUCUCCGCCAAUGGCAUUUGCUUUCCCAUAUCCCCUCCUCCCCGGGCCCUGGAUGUAAGAUUAUAUAGAUUUAUCUCUGUCAUCUUCUGGUUUUGUUGCUGCUGUUUUUUUUGUUUUUGUAUCACUUUGGUCUUGCAUCUGGUUUUACUAGCCUGGCAUCUGCACAUAUUCUUUCUGAAUUUCACAUUGUUUUCCAUUUUGGGUUCUCUUCUUCUCUUUGUCCUUUCCCUCUCUUUUCUGGAUUGCUUUCCACUUUCUCGUUGAGUUGCUGUCAGCUCCAUGAUUGUGGGGUUUUAGCUGCACCUCAUGAAAAGCCCCAAGCUCUGUUCUUCUGCCCCCACAUCUACCCAUUUGAUAGCUGCUGCCCUGCUUUUCCUUCUUGGUCGUUUUUUUGUAUUGUUCUAGCUCAGAAAACACAAGUCGUGCAUGCCAUUGCUGGGAAUGAUGAUAAUAAUAAUAAUAUUGUAGAAGGAAAACUGUCCUAUUGUUAUCAUUAUGAGCCAAUUUGUUGGCUUCCCAUUGGUAUCAAGCACAUGCAGGGUUCAUUUCCUUACAGUACCCCCCACCCCAUCUAGAUGAGAUUAGCAGCACAUCGAGUAGUAAACCUGAAGCUCCUAGAUGAGAUUCUCUGAUGGAAAAUGCCAUCUGCAAUCGAAUCGGAAUCCGAUCUCUCAGUAGAUAGAAUAGAGUUAAUUCCGAUGGAGUUGGGAUGUCAAUCAAUCCGACGUCCCCUCAGGAGUUUGUAGAAGAGAUAGAGAUUAGACCCUCCCCCAUAUGAACAGAGCCUAUUCUUUGUGAUUUGGAUUGGUGUUUCUUGGUAGAUUAGAUAGAAUGGGAUGUCAGACAAUUGAGGGGGCGCCUAACAGGUUCUUCUUAAGCUUGAAGAUAUGCUUUUUCUGGGCACAGGAAUAAUUAGUCAAUAUUAUCUCCAAGUGAUAAAAAUUAAGGUGGAUAAUGUUCCCUCCCUGAGUGGUGGAGUAGAGACGGAUAGAUGGGAAAAUCAUGUGAAGUUUCCCUAUUGGCCGAGUUGUGAAGUUGGCCAAAAGUGAAAGCGUCAUUUUUUUUGGCAAACAAAGAAUUGUUUUGCCUACGAAAUGCUAUGAAAUGGU